UGCGACUGCCCGGCCCGGGUCCCUCCUCGGGUGGCUGCAGUCGGGCACCGCCAGCGCACGGAAGGAGCGGGUGGUAGGCAAGCGGGGGCUGACGGCGUCGUUCUUCGGCCCUUUUCUAGGAAUGGAGAAAAUUAACUUCUCGGGAGGGGAACCGUUUCUUCAGGACCGAGGCGAAUUUGUAGGCAAACUGGUCCAGUUUUGCAAGCAAGAGUUGAAGCUACCAAGCGUCAGCAUUGUCAGCAACGGCAGCCUGAUCAGAGAGCGGUGGUUCAAGAAGUACGGUGAAUAUUUAGACAUCCUGGCAAUUUCAUGUGAUAGUUUUGAUGAGAAUGUCAACGUUUUAAUUGGCCGUGGUCAAGGAAAGAAGAACCAUGUGGAAAACCUGCAUAAACUGAGACAGUGGUGCCGAGAUUAUGCUGUUGCUUUCAAAAUAAACUCAGUGAUCAACAGAUUUAAUGUUGAGGAAGAUAUGAAUGAACAGAUCAAGGCACUCAACCCUGUGCGCUGGAAGGUAUUCCAGUGCCUGAUCAUCGAUGGGGAGAACAGUGGUGAGGAUGCCCUGAGAGAAGCAGGGAACUUUGUUAUCAGUGAUGAAGACUUUGAACAAUUCCUGCAUCGCCACAAAGAUAUCUCCUGUUUGGUACCGGAAUCUAAUCAGAAGAUGAGGGAUUCAUACCUCAUUUUGGAUGAAUAUAUGCGUUUUCUAAACUGCAGAAAUGGACGGAAGGAGCCUUCCAAAUCUAUCCUAGAUGUUGGCGUAGAAGCAGCUAUAAAAUUCAGUGGAUUUGAUGAGAUGAUGUUCCUAAAAAGAGGAGGAAAGUAUGUGUGGAGUAAAGCCGACAUGAAACUGGACUGGUAACCCGAUACACUGAGUUGGGGCAGGUGCAUUAUGUAAAGAAAAUGGGUGUGUAUAUAUGUAUAUAUGUAUUAAUCCUUUUAACUACACUUGGUAUAUUAUAUGGAUCGAUGUUCAGUAUUAUUCCAUAUGUGAAUGUGUUAAAUGUUUUUAAAAUGUAGAUUAUGUUCUUAUCUAUUUUUCGGUCGAACAUUUCUAAGUACCUACAGAGCUUUCACAUAAACAGACCUCUGAAAUCGACUUUCUCGUCCAUCGUAUGAGGGACUUAAUGGCAGACCAUUUAGGCAAUGUCACACAGGGAACGUUUUUAAGAUAAAACAUAAGUGUGCAUGCCAGAAACCAAACGAAACCCCACCCUGAUCUCUAAUUCAUUAUGAACAGCUGUAAUGAUACGUAAGUGGAAACGCUUAUCAGGGAACGUAUUCUGCCUCGGUCGUAUGGAAAGGUAGCUUGCAGUUCCUGACUCGAUCACGAGAGGGCCAGCUGGCAGUCCUUUGCAAGCAGCCCCUGCCGCCUUCAGGGGUAAUAAGAGGGUCAGAAUCUAGCAAUCAUUAUCUGGAACAAUAUAUUUACAGGGAAAUCAAGAUGAAAAAAUUGGCAAUUUUCAUUCCUUAAGACUUAACUGUAAAAGCAUCUGUUGUUCUCCUCACUCUCCUCCAUAUACACACAUGAUAUUUGCAAAAAAUGUUGGGGGAUGUAAUUUUCUGUGAAAAUGUGUUUUUAGUCAUGGAAAAAAUACUAUAUUUGUCCUAAAACGUAAAAGUGCAUUUUACCCAGUGAUGACCAACUUCUUAUUUCAGAUUGGCAAUGACCUUAGUUCUAACAAAUAUUUAGAGUGAAAACAAGGUUUGCAUUUUAUUCAUAACUUCCUCCAUUUUCCUUUUCUCUGCAAAUAUUGAUUUAAAAUUUUUAACAUUUUUUCUCUCCCCAUAUAUACAGUUCUGAUGAAGAUCCCUUCUGAAAUUAAUUAAUCCCACGUAGCACACCUAAUAUGUAUCUUCUGUGGCAUGCUGGCUGUGUUAUGCCGCAUGUUUUUUAUUUUGCUAAGCCAUGGAAUACAAAAAACAACAUUCAUAUAUCAUGUAACCUUGCUUUAAUGGUUGCUUGGCUCGGUAAUCGUUCUUACGUGCUGGUUACAAACAUGCAGGUAUUAAGUGAAACAAAUUGGGUGUUGUGAUAGCUGCCUUUGAUUUUAAGAGCUGGCAGCAUCAGUAUAAAAAAGACAAAAGUCAAAAACCCCUGCAAAACCAGUAAUCUAAUAUGCUGCCCUUGUUCUUGGCUUUCUGGCAAUUUUUAUGGCUUUAUAAUUACAGUUUUCUAAAUUUAACUAGUCCCAUCCGCCCCAAAGCUCUGUAUGAAUAAGAUAAGCAUUGUACAAAGCAGAAGUGAGCUGGCACUACUCAUUCUUACUGUCCCUUCAACUCAAUGCCUGGACUGUCUCACACGUUUCAGUAUUUGCAGCAGCUGGGAGCCAGGAUGCAUCAGAUGUACCAUGUAGCGAAAAUGACACCUUCUGUCCUUUUUCUGAUAAUGCUAGCUUAUUUUUUUUUUAAAGAGUAUUUCAAGAGAAAUUAUUUGCAUUCACCUAAUGCUUCCUCAAAGUUGAAGGGGAAAGCACAUUAAGUAGGAGCUGCUACUUCUGAAUAAAGGAAGGUGCAUCUCUGAAUGCACUGUGAAAAUGUUUCCAUUUCUAAUUCCUUCAGUUUCUAUUUUUACGACCCUAAGUGUAUAUAUACUGUCUCAGCGGUGCUCUUUUGUCGCUUUGUAUUUUGCAUUUUGCAAUCACAACAUUUCCUAGACACUUAAAUUUAAUUUUUUUUUCUUGUAUUGAUAC